GGCGCGACACCCGGAAGUGGCGACUGGAGCGGGAGCGCUGAGUUGUCGGGCGGCGGGACAGCGGCCCGGAAUAGGGGGCGGGGGCGUUGGUCAUGUUUCCCUUCGGGCCCCACAGCCCGGGCGGGGACGGGGCGGCUGGAGCUGAGGAGCCGCCGCCUCUCGGAGGGCCGGCGGCAGCUUCCAGACCGCCCUCUCCAGCUCCACGGUCGGCGUCUCCACAGCGAGGAGCUGACGCGGCCUCUCCCCCGCCGGCCGCCGGGAGCCCUCACCUCCCGGGCGGCCCCGCAGGGUCCCCGGCCGAGCGCGCUGGAGAGCUCGCGGCUCCGGGAGCUCUGGAGUUGUCCGCCGCCGCGUCGCAGGCAGAGCUGUCACCCUCCUCCUCGCCGCGCAGACGCUCGAGGCCAGACUGUAGGGCGGGCAGUCGGAGCCGGCAGGGCCUCAGCGCCGGCCUGGGCGGCCCUGGUGCCAGACUGUUCGGGUGGCUGAGAGAGCGAAGCCUUGGUCGCGGGCUGUUCGUGGACCCGGCUCGGGACAAUUUCCGCACGAUGACUAACCUGUACGGUUCCAUCCAUCCCGCAGACUCCGUGUACCUCAGCACCCGCACCCACGGCGCUGUCUUCAACCUCGAGUACUCGCCGGACGGGUCAGUGCUGACAGUUGCUUGUGAACAGACUGAAGUUCUGCUUUUUGACCCUAUAUCUUCAAAGCACAUAAAAACCCUUUCUGAAGCACAUGAAGACUGUGUGAAUAAUAUCAGAUUUCUUGAUAACCGGCUCUUUGCUACCUGCUCUGAUGAUACCACAAUAGCACUAUGGGAUCUGAGAAAAUUGAACACCAAAGUAUGCACUUUACAUGGUCACACUAGCUGGGUGAAGAACAUCGAAUAUGAUACUAAUACAAGACUCUUAGUAACAUCAGGAUUUGAUGGAAAUGUCAUUAUUUGGGACACUAACAGGUGCACAGAAGAUGGAUGUCCACAUAAAAAAUUCUUUCAUACACGUUUUCUCAUGCGAAUGAGAUUGACACCAGAUUGUUCCAAAAUGUUGAUCUCAACAUCCUCUGGAUAUCUCUUGAUUUUGCAUGAUCUGGAUUUAACUAAGUCUUUAGAAGUAGGCAGCUAUCCCAUUUUGAGAGCAAGAAGAACUACUUCAAGUUCAGAUUUGACCACUUCAUCAAGUUCUUCUGGUUCUAGAGUUUCUGGUUCACCUUGUCAUCACAAUGAUUCGAAUUCAACUGAGAAACACAUGUCACGAGCCUCUCAACGAGAAGGAGUUUCACCACGAAAUAGUCUUGAAGUCUUAACUCCUGAAGUUCCUGGUGAGAGAGAUCGGGGAAACUGCAUCACAUCCUUACAGCUGCAUCCUAAAGGCUGGGCCACACUCCUUAGGUGCUCAAGCAACACUGACGACCAGGAGUGGACCUGUGUCUAUGAAUUCCAAGAAGGAGCUCCAGUGAGACCCGUCUCACCCCGCUGUUCCCUGCGGUUGACUCAUUACAUUGAAGAAGCCAAUGUAGGCAGGGGCUACAUCAAAGAACUUUGCUUCAGCCCUGAUGGACGAAUGAUUUCUUCCCCACACGGCUAUGGGAUUCGCUUGUUGGGAUUUGACAAACAGUGCAGUGAGCUUGUUGACUGUUUACCCAAAGAAGCCAGUCCCCUGAGGGUGAUUCGUUCUCUGUACUCUCAUAAUGACGUGGUUCUGACAACAAAGUUCUCUCCUACACACUGUCAGAUCGCCUCAGGGUGCCUUAGUGGACGGGUCUCUUUGUAUCAGCCAAAGUUUUAGGCACAACUUACAUCAAAUGAGGAACUCUUCUGGUGUUUGGCUUAUAAAUUACUUCAAUUUAGGUGAAGUAUUUUCUUUUUUAGAAGAUCUUAUAAGUUUGGAUCAAGAUCUUGGUUCUCAUGGAUCAGUGAACAUAUAUAUAUAUGUGUGACCUGAGUAUUUGGCCUUCCAGCGCCAUCCGGGUAUCUCCAUUUCAACCACGCAGCCCUGUUCUGUCAGCAUUCCUUUGCUCCUGUCUGUGCCACUGAGCUUGGGUUUUCCUGGUCAUUCUGCAUGUGUCUCUUCUCCCCAUCCCUGUCUCCACCGUUCCUCCCUGCCUCCUCCUCCUUUUUUGAUUUUGGUAUGAAUUUUAUAGACAUUUGGCAGGAGCCUUGGUUGGGAUGAGAAAACCCAUGGCACUAGUAUUAAAUAAAACUCAGACAUUGGAUGUUGGCACACUGGUUAUUGAAAAAGUUCAUUUUCAUUUAUCAGUAUACUUGGCCUUUAAAGUUGCUGCCAAAUAUUGAGCACAGUAAUGGCAUUAUUCUCAUAACUAUUAGAAACUCUUGCAACAAGAUAUCUUUUUAAAGUUUCCUGUUAAAAUUAUACAUGUUAUCUCAUGUGAGAUUUUGUUGUGAAAUUCUAGAAAAAUAUUACAACCUCUCUUUGUAAUUUAUUUUACUUGUAUGAAUUUAAAAUCUCCAGCAUGUGUCUUUGCUUGGUGUUUUGUUCUGGUCAGCAGCAUUGGAGAGGAAAGGAAGAAUAAUAAGCUUGCUCAUUUCUGUUGUACAGAAGAUUUAUUCAUUAGGUUGGCACAGUAUCUGGCCAAAGAGUGAGGAGAUUAAUGUAACUUAGAUUGGCUGUGAUUCUUUUAAUCACACAGAUGAUGAUGUGUUCAUAGUAAUGGGGUGGGAGGGAAAUCAGGUCAAGAUUUUAUUGUUUGUUCCUUCAACCAGGGAUCAGUUGUCAGUGUUGGGAAGGAGGGAGCUGUAGUCCUCUUUAAGCUGCUGUCAUAAACCUAGAGUCAGUGGCCUGACUGACACUGCUGUCUUGUGUUGUAUGGAAAGUCUGGGGGACAGCGUGUAAGCACAGGCUGCUCUGGUCUCGAAUGGGUAGUGACCUGCCAGGCGCUGCUACAAUUGUUGCUUGAUUGAUUGAUUGACUGACUGACUGACUGACUGACUGACUGACUGACUGACUGAUUGAUACUGUGUUGAGAUAAGUUAGAGCUGGAAUAAUUUAAGCCAUGCAGUAGUAGCCAUGUUUUCUUUGGUCUCAUGCCCUUUAGGCCAGUGCUUCUCUAAUAUUAGGAUGCAGUACAGUGUGCCCUGAAGGAGUGGUAAAAAGAGCAGGAAUCUGGGCCAGACCUUAAGACUGAUUUAGGCAGGGAAAGGACAGGACUCUCUGUAAACUGAACCUCAAAUCUGCAUCCAGGUGGCCUCUAGGUCAUAGUUUAAAACACAAUUUGAAAUGGCAGUAGAGAUAUUUCUUUCUCCAUUUGGUGCUUAGCAUAAUUCCCACAAGAUGUUUUAUCUAUUUAAAUAGUAAUAAUAAUCAAUUGUAGCAAUUUUAGAGUAGAAAAUAACUUGAAGUUAUGAUAUCCAACUCAUUGUUGGACAAAUGAAGGAAGCCACAUGGUUUGCCUGUGGUCAUACAAAGUUAAUGGUGAAGUCAGGGCUUCAAUUCAAGUCUCUUAACUCCUUGCUCAGGGCAGUUUCUUCUGUGUAUGCUGGCUUUUAAAAACAUCAGCGAUUGUGGACAUUUUGUCUUUAGGUUAUAUUGUGAGUAAGAUGAUAGGACUGACAAAGGAAGGCAUGAGAGUGGAUGCUGAGAGCUUCGUCUAUAGAAAAAAAAGUAUUUUUUUUCCUUCAGAAAUGUUUAGCAGCUCAAAUAUAUGAAUAAACACAGCAGUUCUGUCUGUUGCCCAUCAAACAGCCUCUCACACACCCGUUAGAGCCUGUGUCUCACUGAGAACAGUGCUAACUCUAAGACAGUCUCUGAGUGAACACUUCUUACCACAGGUGUAGUCAUUGAAGAAGACAGCCAAGCACAGGAAAAUCAUAGGCUUGCUUGCCAUAGCUUUCAAAAACAUUUUUUCCCCAAAGAAAUAGUUUGGGAGGAAAAUAUAGCAACUAAGACCUUCACAAUUAAAAACUGUUAUUUAUAAGGAUCAAAUUGAUACUCAAAAGACAAUUCCAUAAAUGAUACCAGUUUGUAAAGAGUUCUAUGUCAGAUGUUAUAACCACAUGCCACCUAACUCAAGCCAGAGAUCCUUCAAUCGCUGUCUUUGAAUACCUACUAUGUGUUGAAGAAUGUGUCUGCUUUAAUAUACCACUGGCCCCUACAAAGACCCUUACAAGGUAGGUGGGAUAAGCAUCGAGUCGUGUUGAAAGGAGCAAUGUGUCAAACAAACGAAGGGACUUGCCUGAAGCUGUUCUUCCCCUCUACCGUUUUACCCCUCAGUUCAUGAAGGGUGAGUUACACUGGUCUGCUAGUCUGUGUGCUUGGUAUCUUGUGCAAAGUUGGCCUCAUUCCCUUAAGUACUGCAUAAAAGAACAUUUUAAACACUGAUAUUUCCAUGAGACUGGAGAUCAUAAACUCGGGCCAUUUCUAACAGAAAAAUUACGCAGAUGAGCAGCCAUGGUGUAGAACAAGUGGAGGAUAGUCAGCCUUGUGGGAAAGCAGGGCCACCCAGACGGGAACUGACUAGAGCCAGCAACCCGGCAGGGAUCCUCUGCCCUCUGAGGUAGCCUCAGGAUCAAGACAAAAUCAGACAGCACUGACCAAGGAGCUGAACCGCCUCAGAAAACCUGUACUAGUGGGGAAAUUUACAUAUCUUAAGGUCCCUUUUUGGUUUUGGUUUUGGUUUUGGCAUUUUGAGACUGGAUUUCUUUGUAUAGACCAGGUUGGCGUCAAAUUCACAGAUGUCCACCUGCCUCUGCCUUCCAAAUGUUGGGAUUUAAGACAUAUGUCACCAUAACCUGGGUCUCAUUUUAACAGUCUAAAACUCUGAUUUUUUUUUACUGUUUUAUUUCAUUAUUUUUAUUAUAAUUGGCAGAAAUAUAUUUUAAUUGAUAAUAAGGUUAUUACUGUAGGUAAAUCUUGGUAAAUAAGUCAUUUUCCUAACUCAGAGCUUCCUUUGGAAGAGUCUGUUAAUGGGAAUGCUAUGUUGAAUGACAUAGAUGUGUCAAAUAUACAUACAGUAUUUGCUUAUUUUCAAUCAUGAAAUGAAGAGCUAAAGUAAGACACUUUUACUUUUAAAAAAAUGUGAUCACACGCUGGAGGCCAGGGAACAUAUGCCUUUAAUCACAGAGGUGGGGUUGCAGAGGCAGGAGGAUCCUCUGUGAAUCUGGCUGUGAGUCUGGGGUUAGCCUGGUCUGCAUAGUAAGGUUCUAGGCUGGCCAGAGUUAUACAGUGAGGCCCUGUUUAGUUAAAAAAACAAAACAAAACAAAAGUCUUUUUUUUUCUCAGAAUUCAAAGCAUUUUGUUUUUUCUCCCCACUGUAUACCUAGGAAGGCAGCACAGCAAACAAUUUAAGGAAACAAUGCAGGGGAAAUAUAAAUUUUAUAUUCUCUACUCCUGCAUCAAGGACCAAGUCACAUCAUACAGUUGGUGAGAAUAAAGAAAAUACAUCAGGAAUCUUUUAGAAGGCAGGUGUCUCUCACACUGGAGUGUGCAGCAGUGUCCAUAAGUGUCUGUUACACUUGGCUCUUAUUUUUAUUUAUUUUUUUCAAGACAAGAUUUCUCUGUGUAGCCUUGGCUGUCUUAGAACUAACUUUGUAACCCAGGCUGGCCCACAAUUCAGAGUUUCCCUUGCUUCUGCCUAUGGAAUGCUGGGAUGAAAGGCAUGUCUCACCAUACCUGACUUUCAUUCGACUUUUAUGAAAGCAGGAGACAUGGCCUAAUAACUUCCUGAUGACAAUCAUCUUUAUUCUGUGACCGGUGGGCUUGGUGUCUGUAUAGGCCCACUUAGUAACACCUUCUUUUGGUCAUGAAGGAAUCCAUAUAUAUGACUUCUGUUUGGAUAACUUAAUGCAGAUCUUUUAAGUGCCAAAAUUUUAAUUUUUCAGUUACUUUUUGAUGCAAGUCUCCUCAGGGAUGGUAGUCUACCUCCCUGCCUUUUUAAACUGCAUGCUAAGUCUAAUUCACUUCAUCAUGAAGUUAUAUUCAUGAUGUUUUAUUGCAAAUACCCAAUGAGAUCUGAUAUACGUAAAAAACGUUUCAUAGAACACAAAGGGCUAUAACAAAUGCAAGGAAUAUCCCUUAGUAAGUGAUUCCCUCAAUGAUGUAAUUAUUUCCCUCAUUAUUAGCUUUAAAAAGUGUUUCAUGUCUGCAAAGUAAUGUAUUCUAUCAGUAGGCCUGUUUCUAACGGGCUCCCACUUUCUUCUGUGCUGUCUACAAGUUAUGGGCUGUGACAUGCGCUAACCAGUUCUGGUCUGUGCCUACAAAAUAACUGGACAAAAGCUCCCAGUUAAAGCUGGAGCUACUUAAACCAAGCAAGGGAAGUAUACUCUGACUGCUGCUGGAUUAAGAACUAGCUGAACUGAGUAUGGUACCAACAAAGGCUCUGCCUCUGCAGGGGGUCCUUCAUGCUUUUAAGAACAAAGAAGAGGAAGGAAGGGAAAGGGAAAUACAGGUAGGCUGAAGACUCUAGGAGAUGGCACUAAAUAACCAUUAAAAUGUUCUCUUGAUUACCAUGUUAAAAGUCUGGUUAGUGGCACUGUAGAGUUAAGACUGUACUAACUUGCACAUCCGCUAUAGAACUCCAGACUGUCCAAGAACUGCUCCCCUCCAGUUGGCAAUGGAAAUGCUACCAAGAGGAAAGUCUGCAGUUUGCCUGUAUGUUGCUGUUGUAAAUAACCUGAGAGAGGUUCAACCAAAAGUCCCAGGGCCUGGAGAGAUAGAUGGCUCAGUGGUUAAGAGCACUGGCUGCUCUUCCAGAGAUCCUGAGUUUAAUUCCCAGCCACCCACAUAGUGGCUCCAACGCCCUCUUCUGCUGUGUCUGAAGACAGCUACAGUGUACUCACAUACAUAAAUAAUUCUUAAAAAAAAAAAAGUCCCAAGGAGCAUAUCUCAUGCAGACAAUUUUUGAAUGUAUGUAUAUAGAAAUGUCACUAUAAGUGAUACUUACCCCCAGGAAUAAUAAAGUAACAUUCAGGAUUUAGAUCUGGUCCCAGUCUGUACUUUUCCCUACACAAAGAAUAGAUUAUUUGAAUUUUCUUUUAAAUUUGACUGCAUCCUUCAUUUCCAAACUUUUCCUUCUCCUCUUCUUCUUCUUCUUUUUUUUUUUUUUUUUUUGAGGGGGUGUAUCUAACUUUAGGUUUGUAUUUUUGGCAAGCUUAGAAUAUUCUAUUUAAUAUGCUGUCAACCAGAACACCCUCUUAGCAGGUUCUAAGGUGCUAUUGGUCCUUCUACUAGACUGUGCGCUCCUUGAGGGCAGGGCUAUCUUUAUUCUUGUAUCCACGGUGCCUGGGAUAGUAUCUGACAGAGUAGUUGUUCAAUAAAUAUCUGUUGAAUGAAUUAAACAAACCUUCACUAUG